AUGCAACCACAACAGUUCGUAUAUGUCGUAACAGGGCUCGGAAAACAAGUACUACGACUAGUCGAAAAUCACGAAAGCAAGGGCAUUAGAAUCCUGAUGGACGACGAAGAAAUCGGUAAGAUAAGCACGAUGAAUGGAGACCUCCAUACCCCGAAAGCGAUCUGGGAACAGUAUGAGGCAGAGGCGGCAACGAUGCGACAUAUCCAUGAAUUCUCCAACUUCGAAGGCACACCAAAGCCGGAAGAAAACAAGCAGGUGGAAAUUAAAGUAGAAGAAGAAAAUGAGAAAAUGAUCGAUGGAGAGGAGGGAGAUAACGACUAUCCAAAGGAGGUCAGGACAACGAAACUCGACUCAUACGACAGGAUUGAGAUUGUGGUAGAAGCUAUUCAAGAAUAUAGGGUCAGUAUCAUGAACGAGACGGCGUACGAAAAUCCGGAUAUCGAUAUGGAAACUGCAAAGGACAUGGUGGACGUCCCAGGAGACCAGGAUGCAGCUAUGAUGUAUAAGGCAGCAAUGAAUAUUAUGGAAGAAGUAGGGGGGAAAAAGAGAAAGAGGCACGAAGAAGAUUAG